AAACCAAAUUUGAAAAAAAAGAAUUUAUGUCUAAAAAAAACCUAAACUCAACAACUCAAACAAAACAAAACUUAACUCGUUGUCGUUGAACUGUUGAAGUUGAAGUGUGAAGACGAAGACUUAAUUUACUAUUAUUAUAUUUUUGGCCUAUGAAUUAAGAAGUAGGCUAACAAAAUGGUUGUCUUCACCUGCCAACAUUGUGGAGAUCCAGUUAAGAAGCCAGCUGUAGAGAAACAUUACAACACUAAGUGCCGUAACAAAAGGGCCCAUCUUACCUGUGUUGACUGUUUAAAAGAUUUUGGCCCUGAAGAUUAUGGGGGUCAUAAUCAAUGUAUGACAGAGGCUCAGCGAUACUCAGCUAAAGGAACAGUUUUUAAAGAACAAAAAGGAAAGAAAAAACAAGAAAAGUAUAUAGAGAUGAUCCAACAAAUUAUUAACUCACACGACUUAAACUUGUCCCAAGUGCAAAAGAAGUUACUAGAAGUAUGCUCAAAGUACGAUAAUGUACCCAGAAAACCAAAACCAUUUGAAAACUUUUUGCGUAAUGUUGCUCGAAAAAUAAUUUUUAACCCUGACGACAUUCAAAGGGUUUUCAACGUUAUUGAGGAAGCUUGUAAAAAGGAAACUGAGUCAACUACUCGGCAAGACAAGGCACAGAAACCUCAAGUAAAGGAUAUAGUCAGUUUGAAAGAGGCUGCCAAAAGUAACGGCGUAACGGACGAUAAGAUUGAUGAAAACAUCAAAGAUUCUAAGUCAAAUAAGAAAAAUAAAUCAUCAAAUAAAUCUGUCAUAUCAAAUAAUGAACUACCUGCUACAGAAAAUCCCUCAGAUGAAUCAAUUGAUAUUAUCGACCAAACCAAGUUCAAACCAAAGAGGAUAAAAAAUAAAAUGCUAACUGAUGAAUCCACCCAAAUGGAUGCUCAAAAUUUAGAAAAUGAAGGUUCUCUUAAUGAAAGCAGCACAGUUGUUAAUGAGGUUAAGCAUAGUAUUGAAUCUAAGAAAUCAAAGAAAGAAAAGCGUAAAUGUAAAUCACUUAGUUUGGACCAAGAAGGUGUAGAAACCCCAGGCAUCAAUGAGAACAAGCCUGUUUCUGAUCUCAAAAAUGGUACUCAUGAUGACAGUAAAGAGAAUGUAGUAGAGAUAUCAAGAAAACAAAUAAAAAAACAAAAGAAGUAUGAAAAGUAUCUUGAAGAGCUGGAAAAAACAGGCGACAAUGCGCUUAAUGAAAAUCAAGUUAAUGUAGAAGCCAAUGACUGUAAGAAAAAACCCAAGAAAAAUAAGACCUUGGAUACUAAUGAAUGUGAUGAGAGACAUUCAACAACAAAAGCACAUAGUAAAGAAAAUAAAAAACGCAAGCUAGAAGAAUGUUACACCGAAGUUCCAGAAAAAAGGACAAAGGAGCAUUCUGAAGAUGAAAUCGAAAAACCAAUUGAUACUAUAUUCAAUUGGGGAGAUGUAAUAAUGAAGGUACUCAGCUCUCGACCGGAUAAAGAACUUUCACUCAAGAAACUUGGCAAGAAGGUAUUAAAUGAAUACCAAACAGUGAGACAAGACCACAGAACAUAUGAAGAUCUGUUGGCAAAGUUCAACAAAAAAGUCAAUAAGGUGAAGGGUGUAAAGGUUCUACGAGAUAGAGCAAAACUGAUUGAGUAAUUAAUUAUAUUUCAGGAAUCAUUUUUACACACUUA